ACGAGAAGAAAAAACUAGAACCAAAGAAAGCAGUCACGAGCAAAGGAAAACAAGAGGAGAUUUUUCAGUAAUCUGAAAAACAAGCCAAAGACAUUAACAUUCAGCCUUGAAGAAACGAGAACAUGGAGAUGAACAAACAAGGGUGAAAGACAAGAGCAGAGGAAGCAUCGAGGCAAGACUGGUAAGAUCCUUAAAAUGAGAGCUGAUGGAGAAGAACCAUGGAGGGUCGAUGAAACGGCGAUCUUCAUCUACUCGCCGGUGAACAUCCUCAGGAGCAUCUUCUACUCCGUAACCCUUUAGAAGCCAUUGCAUGUCCAGCCGUGUUUCCUUUUCUCCCGGUGAAGACAAAAGAGCAUGAAGCCAGUGAUCUUGAGUUGAGACCAUAAUUGACAUUACGAAAGAGCGGUCCCCGCUCGGAGCGAUCAUUCCAAGCCUCCUUUAAUUUCCGAAUAGCAGUCUUGGAGUCACUCUCAACAAUUAUACUAAAAGUUCCAAAGGUCCAAAGCAAAUUGGAUCCCUCCAAGAUUUUUUUUUUUUACAGUUUCAGUGUUCGAAUAGUUUCUUCUCUGUCUCUUCUCUUUGUAGUUGAGAUGGAAGCAUAUGUAGUUGCAAUCAUCUUCUUCCUCUCCCUCUCAACUGCGUUAUGUCUUCGCAUCCCUACUCUCUCUUCAGGCACAGCAUGUGAUCCCAGCAACCAGCCCCACUCUCGCACUCUCAGAUCCGAUCAACUAACCGUUCUCAUCAACGGCUAUUCAGAGUCCCGCCUCCCUCUCCUCCUCUCCAUCGCCGCCUCUUUCUCCGCAUCCCCACUGGUAUCCUCCGUCCAGGUCCUCUGGGGUAACCCCUCCACCCCGCCCCUUACUCUAUCCCAAUUCGCCCGCAACCUCUCGCUCGCUUCCUGGGGCGCCGCCAUCUCCCUCGUCCCCCAACCAUCCAGCAGCCUCAACGCCCGGUUCCUGCCAAGGUCGUCGAUCAAGACACGUGCCGUCCUGGUGUGCGAUGAUGACGUGGAAGUGGAUCCCAAGACGGUGGAAUUCGCGUUCAAGAUGUGGAGGGGCAAUCCGGAUCGUCUGAUCGGGGUAUUCGUGAGAUCGCACGAUAUAGAUCUGUCGAGGAAGGAGUGGAUCUACACGGUGCAUCCCAACAAAUAUUCCAUAGUGCUCACCAAGUUCAUGAUGAUGAAGAGGGAGUAUUUGUUCAAGUACAGCUGCGGAAGAGGGGCCCCGAUGCGCGAGAUGAGGAGGGUAGUCGACGAGAUGCGCAAUUGCGAGGAUAUUCUGAUGAACUUUGUGGUGGCCGAGGAGACGAAUGCGGGGCCUCUCAUGGUGGCGGCGGAAAGGGCCCGGGACUGGGGAGACCCAAGAAAUGAAGACGGAGCCGGCUACGGCGUAAGAGACGUGGGGCUGAGCAGCAGGAGGGCGGAGCACCGGAAGAGGAGAGGGGAAUGCAUAAUGGAGUUCCAUAGGAUUUGGGGAAGGAUGCCCCUAAGAUACAGUUAUGGUAAGCUGGUUUCCUCGGUUGGAGAGCAAGGCCUUUGUAACAAAGGCUCCAAGUUGGUGCCUUGUGACCAUUGAAUCCAAACGAACACCACCAUGACGAUCCACUUACUGUCUGCAAUUUUAUUCAGUCUAGGGGAAUACCAAAACAAACUGGUAACGCUUUGAUUCAGGUAGCUCUACUUCUUUCGUAAAUCCCAUGGUCAUCUUGGUAAAGUUUUUCUUGUGCAAUUGUUUCCGUUCCUGUAUAAUACAUGAGGUCACAAACAAUGAAUUCAGUGCCUGAUAUUACGUA